UGGGCCUCGCGUUAUGCUGAUACCGUACGAUGGGAGCCCGCAAAUGUAUUAAUGUCUAGUGUACGGUCGAAUAAGCGUCCCAUUAGUCGACGUAAAGGCUAACCGGCUAUUAGUUGGAUAAAAGCUCCAGAGGAAAAAAAACUCAAAAUUACAACUCCAAAGCUCGAAGUUGCGCACUUAAAAUAUUGUAACAUGGAUUCAUUUCUAUCAAAGAUGUAGUGGUGAAAUAGCCAAUCUUGGAACUCUGUGGGUUCUCGGAGUUUUUUUUAGGAAUAUCACGAACUGGUUAAAGUUAUUUACUUCCUAUUUAUCACAGAUGUGGGAAACCGGGACCUUGAAUUGAAAUUCCGAGUUCUUUGAUAAAUACUAUAGAUGUCGCCGCCGCAGAUCGAACGUGGUCUGUCUUCGUUAGCUUCAUUAUGGCAUCAGUUUAUCUGUGAGUGUUUGGAUCACGUUCUAACAACGAUUAUAAAUUCAAAAAAGGAUAUUCUGAGUGUUAUUUCCAACAUUAAUAAGGGACAUCGUUCAAGACUAACGAAAGAGACCCAUUAUCGGAUGCAACAACUAAGAGGACACGAAAGAUUCCAGAACAGAACGGGGAAUACCAGAGUUUGUGAUAUCGAUGACUACAUUUGCCUGCGUAACCACUAUUACUCGCUGCACGCGCGGCGCGCCGGGGAGAUGCGCGUGGGCGGCGCGCCGGACGACGGGCAGGAGGGGGAGGAGCGGCAGCAGCAGCAGCAGCGAAAGGAGGACACGGGCGAGGACGAGGGCGAGGACACGUGCAUCUGCCCGCCGCUGUGCGACGAGGUCACCUACGACGUGCACUUCUCCAGCGGCGACCUCCGUGCCACGCAGUUCCAGCGCUCCACGUUCUUUACCGACCUCAACAUGACUGGUCGCAUUUUAUUUCAUUUCUAUUUUGGGAACCAUGUGACGAUCCGCACUCGUCGUGACGUCAUCACGUCGCUGGGCGGCGUGUUCAGCCUCUUCCUGGGCUGCAGCUUCAUGAGCCUCAUCGAGAUGGUGUACUUCUUCACGCUGCAUCUGGCGCUGCGGUACCGCCGCUUGGCGGUCCACGCCCACGCCUACGACGACGACGGCGACGACGACGACCACGGCGGUGGUGGCGGCGACGGUCGGCUCAAAGAGAGCCCGCUGCACCCGGCUCUGCGCCCGCUGCACCUUCAGUUGCAGCUCGGGGCGCGGCCCCUUCGCCCGCCCUACGGCGCGCGCCCCCACCGCGGCUCGUAGCGCUCCUUCACAACGAGAACGCUGACGUGACGACGUAAACCUCAAGACUCAUGGAUGUAAAGGUGUCUCGGAAAAUCUUGCACAAACCAUGCGGAUUUUGUCAUUGAACUCCUGGGUCUAAGAGGGCGGGGCUCGGCUCUAGGCUGUGGUAAAAACGCUCCUCUCCCUGCGAGGUCGGUGUUUAAUCGCUCACUUGAGUUAUAUUAAGGUCUACGAGAGGAAUAUGGCAGAACUGACGGUCACAAACGUUGCUGAAGGAGACGUCAAAGACCGUACGUUUCAAGGAGAGGGGCUGGAAAUGUGUUCAAGAUUUAAAUAUUCUGAUUAUCUGUUAUAAUGUGUAACGCUGAUACCAUAUUAAUUUACGACCGCAUGUCCUGCGUUUGUACACUUUUGCAGAAGCAUCCUGUAAGAACGUAUCGAUGUACUAAAUACUCUGCAAUAGUAAUGCGUCGAUCUCUCUCCCGAGUAUCGCGCGUACAGUGGCAGGUCAGGCGAGUAAAUUUCUCGGGCCGCUUGGUGACACGCGACCAUUGGUCGUGUCAGUGGAGGGGGCACUCACUAGAAAUCUGGUUGGCUGCGCUGCAACAGAUCUUUUGGACCUGUUCCGGCUUUCGCAAAGUGUCGCCGGUUUUUCUCUAGAUUUUGCAAUACUAUAGAUACUGCAAGAGGGGAUAUGUCAUUAUUUUUUUUCUGGAGACCGUUUAAAUGUCUUGACAUUGCACUAGCACUGUCGUAUCUUAACACUGACCUAUUUUUGUCGUAGUUAAAUGCGCAGUAAAACAAACAGCGUUUCUAAUAAUUUCAAUAGCUGGACCUGGCAUCGUGGACCCAAAAGAACGCUCCACUCCACUCCACUCCAAUAGAAGUAGAUAUGAU